UCUAGUAGCAAAGCCAAAACAAACUUCAACACAUCAAGUACACAAUCAAAAACUGUAGAACAAUAACAAUUCAAAAUGUCUAAGGGGUUAGCACCCAUGAGCAAAAAGCCAGAUGAGGGUCCACAAAUACCUUUUCCACUCCCCCCGCAAACAGAUGCCAGUCUAUGUCGUGAUGCAUUUCUGAGAGAAUUACUAAAACCCUAUGAGACAGAAGUUAAAGAGGAUGUAGAGGAUGACGUCAAGGCUGGAAUAGCUUAUUAUACUAAGGACUCUACACAAUAUAGCGAAGCUGAGGAGAUGCUGCUGAUACAGUUUAGGGAACGCGGCAGCAUUAUGAGAAGACCGGCAUUUCUAAAGCCUGCAACAGAAGAGCGACCCUUUGCACCGGAUCUUCAAUCAGCUGUUGAGACAGCGCUAUAAGAAUAUGGCAGGCCAUAAGUUUUUCUAGGUGUGCUCUAUCAUAUACAGAAGCUCAAGGAUCGGCUGCACAUUGUGGGCGCAAGAUUCAGAAUGAAGACUGCGCUGGAUCGAUCGAUGCACAUAUUCAGCUGGGCUAUUAAUCAUUACUACGAGCGCUUUAAGCAGCCCAACACUGUUUACUUGGACGCACUCGAGAAGGACUUGAGUAAGAAUCAAAUCGAGUGCUACAAGUUUCACAUGGACAUGAAGGAGAUAUUGCGACUGCUCGAUGCAGUUUAUAAGGAUGUGAAAUUGAAGCGGGAUAUAUGCAGUCACUCUAUGUUGAUUAUAAGAGAUGCAGAGCUAAACAUAAAUGAUAUAUUGAUAUCAACGGAAGCGCAAUCGGAGCAACAGCAUAUGCAGCUAGCUUGGCAAUAUCAUCAGCAUCCACGCUCGGCUGAUCCGGCACGUCAAAAAUUCAGGGCGCUGGAAGCUAAAGUCAACAAAUUCGAUUUUAUUCAUCCCAUUGAGGCGCGCUAUCGCAUCAACUGGGCCGAAUCACUCAUGCAGCAGUCCAUAGCGAAGGAUGAAGCUAAACUUAGAGUGGUAACCGAUGAAUUGCAAGAGUAUUGGCAUCUGAUUAAAGAGGGCAACUAUAUGUUUGAGAUUGCCAUAAUGGCUUAUGACCAGGAGAUUGGUAUUUUAAAAAAACGCAUAAGCGCUAUGGAACAGAAAUACGAAGCAGACUUGGAGGUAGUGGAGAACGAAUUGCAAAUGACACGCAAUAGGGUGGCCAAGGCUAGGGAAGAUCUGAAAGUUAGACAGGAGAAAGUUGUCAUGUUUCGCAUAAGAGUGGAAGAAGUUAAGGCCAUCUUUGCUAAAAUAGAGGAGGCAAAUAGAAUAUCGAUGCGUCAGUCCUCCGUGAAGCCGCCUCCCAAGCCGGAUAAGAAAAAUAAGAAGAAAAAAUAGUUUGCUUAUAGUAAGAAUAGAAAAUGCUUAGGUUAUUUUUCUUAACAGUUAGCUACAAUAAAAUUUAUUAA